UCACGAAAUUAAUGUGUAAGAUCUGACCACACUAAAAAAAAUAGAAAGAAGAGGUUUUACUAGGGUUUUAUUACAAGCAAAGAGAAAGAAUUAACAAGAGGAAGAAAAUUGAGGCUCAAAAGAACUGAACUCCGGAGUACGAAAAUGGCGACCAUUUGGAAAACUAACUCCGCGAGAAACGCAGUGCGUUUUUUGAGCCAAUCGCUGGCUUCAACUAGCCGCACUCCUUCGAUUCCCCCUCGUUUUUCCUCCGUUCGAUACCUCCGCACUGGUCGCGAUCCUAGUUCCAGGACCUAUGAUAUUAUUCCGCCUGUGAAUUGGGGGAUUCGGAUUGUGCCGGAGAAGAAGGCGUUUGUGAUUGAGCGAUUCGGGAAGUACGUUAAGACUCUUCCCUCUGGAAUCCAUUUUUUGAUUCCUUUCGUGGAUCGUAUCGCUUAUGUGCAUUCGCUCAAGGAGGAGGCUAUUAACAUUCCUGACCAGAGUGCAAUUACCAAGGACAAUGUCACCAUCCUCAUCGAUGGCGUGCUUUACGUCAAGAUUGUGGAUCCUAAGCUCGCGUCUUAUGGAGUGGAGAAUCCCAUUUAUGCUGUCAUUCAGCUGGCACAAACGACAAUGCGUAGUGAGCUUGGUAAGAUUACUCUUGACAAGACCUUUGAAGAAAGAGACACACUCAAUGAAAAGAUUGUGGAGGCCAUUAAUGUGGCUGCAAAAAGUUGGGGUCUGGAGUGCCUUCGAUAUGAAAUAAGGGAUAUCUCUCCUCCACGUGGAGUGAGAGCAGCUAUGGAGAUGCAAGCAGAAGCAGAAAGAAAAAAGAGAGCUCAAAUUCUUGAGUCUGAAGGAGAAAGACAGGCUCACAUAAACAUUGCUGAUGGAAAGAAGAGUUCAGUGAUCUUAGCAUCAGAAGCUGCAAGGAUGGAUCAAGUUAACAGAGCUCAAGGUGAGGCUGAAGCCAUCCUAUCUAAAGCAAAAGCAACAGCUGAGGGAUUAGCUCGUGUCUCAACUGCCCUAAAAGAAAAUGGAGGACCUGAGGCAGCAAGUUUAAGGAUUGCAGAGCAAUAUAUUCAAGCUUUCAGUAACAUAGCCAAGGAGGGCACAACAAUGUUGCUUCCUAGCUCUGCAUCCAAUCCUGCUAACAUGAUGGCCCAAGCGCUUACUAUGUAUAAAAGUCUGCUUGGUAACGUUUCGAAUGAUAAUAAGCAGAAUGGAAAUAUGCCCCUUUCAAUAUCAGGAAAAUUAGAAGUAAAUGAUGCCUCGGGAGAGAUUAAAGACAAGAGCUCCACAACUGCUAAUGAAAGUAAUGAUAUUCAAGAUUAUAGUGAAAAAUCUAGAUUUCCAUUUCCGAGGCCACCGAGAUUUCCAUUUCCGAGCCCAGAAUAGUUUUAUUACUAUUUUCAAGAAUUCAUAUUUUUUUUAGCGUAUGGAUGUUACAGUAAACUGAAUUCGGACUUUGGAGAGAAGAAAACAGAAAGUUUGAGUGGACUUUCUUUAAUUCACUUUUGUGUUUCUUUCUUGAGGAAAUAAUGGCUUAUAAUUUCGCA